UUGAAUUGAAAAAGGAAGAAACAUUUCUUCGUGAAAAUUAUAAUCAUGCGUUAUGCCAAGCGUCUUGGUUUCAAGAACUUCACCACUUUGGCGUGUUACAUAUUCGGGACUGCAGUUGUGGCCAACGACGAUUCGAAUUACUUCGGCCACAUGUACAAAUGGAAGAAUCUGCGGGAUGGUUUUCGAGAGGCGAAGAUCUGCAGGAAGCCGAUUUUUCUCCUGAUCCACAAACCAGGCUGUCCCACCUGCGAGAAACUCAAGCCUAAAUUCAUCAACUCCAUCAGGCUCCUCGAUCUCAGCAAGCAUUUCGUCAUGGUGGAUGCGAGGAAAGGCGAGAUUCCCGCGCAAGACGAAGCGAGAUUUCAACCAGAUGGAACAUACGUUCCGCGAAUUCUCUUCUUCACUCCGGACGGCGAAUUUAUGGAAGAUAUUUAUAAUCGUCAUCCGAAGGCCGACAAUAAAUAUAAAUAUUUCUACAACAGCACAAGUCAAAUAAUAGAUAGUAUGAUUUUAGCGUUGGAACGUUGCUCGGAAGAAUCAUCGGUCGAAACUGUUGCUGAUGAGGCUAAAAAGAAGUAAAUCUU